AUGAAAGGAAAAUCAACAGAUCCAACGCACUUCCCACUCUGCAUUGAAAUUAAACAAAAAAUAAGAGAUCUAUCAUUGUAUGUAUCAUCGUCGAGAUCAACACACCAGAAUGUCAACAGAAACUCAACAGUCUGUGAACUCCAAGAGAAUUCAACAAAUGUUGAUAAUUCCAAUUCAGUUUCAAAUAUAUUUCAGUAUGCAAUGGACAUGGGAAAUCUGUUAGAUGAGGAUCAAGAAGUGCAGAGUCCUUACAUAGAAAGUACGAUCAUUAAUGAAAUAAAGGCGACAGAAAUUGAAGAAGGUCAGAAAUACAAAGACAAGAACACACUAAAGACUAUAUUAAGCAUUUACGCGAUCAACAAUCAUUUUCAGUUCAGAUCUUACAAGUCGUGCAAAAUUGGGUACAUAGCAAUAUGCAAUGAUUCUGGCUGUGAAUGGAAAUUGAGAGCGUCGAGAAAUAAAAAAUCAAGUGUAUUCAUUGUUCGAAAAUUUAACAAUGUACACACUUGCAAAGUUGGGGAAAGAAUGGCCGAUAAAAGGCAGGCAACAUAUGAUUUGGUUGGAAACUUCAUAAAGGAUAAGUACUCAAACUUCAAGACUGUUUACACGCCUGCCGAUAUUAUUAGAGAUAUGAAGAAGGAAUAUGGAGUCGAACUAAGCUACCAAACAGCAUGGAGAUCAAAAGAGAGGGGAUUAGAGCUCACGAGAGGACAUCCAGCUGAUUCAUACAAAUUGCUGCCUUCUUAUCUACACGCGCUGAAAACAACAAAUCCCGGGUCUGUUGCUGAAUUAGAAACAAGAGAAGACAGAUUUCUUUAUGUUUUCAUAUCGUUGAAUGCAUCAAUUAAAGGAUGGGGUUUUUGCAAGCCGAUAAUUGUAGUCGAUGGCACGUUCCUCAAAGCAGCUUAUGGAGGAACUCUUCUAACGGCAGCGACUCAAGAUGCAGCAAAUAAGAUUUUUCCUCUUGCAUUUUGUGUGGUAGAUUCUGAAAACGAUGCUUCGUGGGAAUGGUUCUUUAAUAAACUUAGAGAAACAUUUGGCGUGAGGGAAGGAAUGUGCAUUAUCUCGGAUCGACAUGACAGUAUUAAAAAAGCAAUUGAAAACGUAUUCCCGGAAGCACAUCAUGGGAUUUGUACAUACCAUCUUUUCAACAAUGUCAAAGCAAGAUAUAGAAGAGCGAAAGGUGAAAUCAGAGAACAAUUUUUUGGGGCAGCCAAAGCUUACACGAUUGAGCAGUUUGAAAAACACAUGGCUGAACUUGACAAAUUUGACCCCAAGAUAAGGGAGUACCUCACUGAAGUGGGUUUCAAAAAAUGGACGACAGUCCAUUCCACCAGCAAUAGGUAUUCAACAAUGACUUCAAACAUUGCAGAAUCUUUAAAUGCAACAAAUAUAGCUGCAAGAGAACUGCCCAUAACGACGAUGCUCGAAUUUCUACGUUCGCUUGUGCAAAAGUGGACUCAUGCAAAUAGAAACUGUGCAAGAUCAUCAAAAACAGAUAUGACAAAAGUGGCAGAGGAUAUAUUGAAUGAAAGCUACAUUCGAUCUCUGAAUCUGACGAUUCCUAACUCAAUUCUUUUUUCUCGUGUUGUUGACCUGUUGUUGAUUUCCUGUUGCUUUCCUGUUGAUGUGGAUGACCAAAAAUUGACAUGCUGCUGCCGAAGAUUUCAAACAGACAAAAUACCGUGUCCGCACGCAGUUGCUGUAAUCAGGAAAUACAACAAAGAUCCUUUGUUCUAUUGUUCAAAGUACUACAUGAAGGAGACGUAUGUCAACACGUACAUUCACACUGUGUAUCCAAUGACGAAUAAGUCAACAUGGAAUACACCUCAAGAAGUAAAAGAUAAAAUCGUGCUGCCUCCAGAAUCAAGAACAAAAUCGGGGAGACCGAAGAAGAAACGCAUAGUGGCAGGACAUGAAAAAAGGUCAAAGAAUACAUGCACGGUUUGCAAGAAGAAGGGGUCACAAUAA